UUUGAGCUCGUCUCGAUCUCUCUCGUUCUCUCUUAUUUCGGAGACAGGAAAAAUGGCGGCAGCUCUUGGGGGGCACUCGGCGUUCUUCUUCGCGAGGACCAAGGGAUUUAAUUCUUCUUCUCCUAAGGUUGGGGUUAGGGUUAGAGUUUGGAGCCCCAGGGCGUUGAUACCUGCCAAUCAGUGCUCGACGCUAGGGUUCGGGAGGUCCCUGUUGGGCGGUGGCAGGAUCGGCAUCUCCCAAGCCCCGCUGCCCAAUCCCAUCCUUCCUACGGCUCCCGUCCAGCCCAUCGUUGCCCGUCGGGUAUGUCCUUUUACUGGAAAGAAGGCGAACAGGGCCAACAAGGUCUCCUUCUCAAACCACAAGACGAAGAAGCUGCAGUUUGUCAAUUUACAGUACAAGAGGGUGUGGUGGGAAGCAGGGAAACGCUACCUCAAGCUGCGCCUCUCCACCAAAGCACUCAAGACCAUCGAGAAGAACGGGUUGGAUGCAGUUGCUAAGAAGGCUGGAAUUGACCUCCGAAAAAAGUAAAGCUCAUCAGGCCAUUUUGGAAUUUCCCCUUGUCUGUAACUUUUUUUUUUCUUGGGGGGUCUGUGUUUGUUUGGACAAACCUUGGAUUUGCAUUACAAGGAAAGUUUCCUCCACCUCCUUUUUUUAGUUCCUCUGUAAUGGCACAGAAUUCAUUAUCGGCCACAAAAAAUGGCAAUUCUUACCAUGUAAAGAUUGCUAGCAUA